ACAAUGACUACUACCCAUGCGCGAAUUCGGCAAUAGUUAUGGCGGACGAAGAAGAUCCGGUCGAACAUGAGGUCAAUGUGUAUUUAUCCAAGACCUUGGCAGACAAGCUGUACCUAUUCCAGUACCCAGUGCGCCCCGCCCACAUGACAUAUGAUGAUGCCCCCCACAUCAAUACCAAGAUCAAACCUGAUCAAAAGAAGGUGGAAAUAGAACUGGGUCUCAACACCAGGGGAGACAACUACGCUCGUAGUAAGGGGGAGCAAAUUGCCAUCAACGUUGAUGGGGGUGGUGACCAGCCAGGCUACUAUAGCAGUGGGAUGAUGGACAAACAGGUGUUCAGCAGCAUGGCCUGUUCUGAAACAGCAGGCAGGUAUGCAGUUGGAGUAUGGAAAGAUGGUGAGGUACACUUGACACCCCUUCAUGCCGUCGUCCAACUGAGACCAAACUUUAACUACCUCGAUAGUGCAGACAGUCGGUUGAAAGUGGAGGUUGGAGCUGGCGAUACUGGAGGAGGGGAAUCUUCUCAGGAUGAAGCAGAAGAAGAGGCUAAACCAGUCACCAUGAAAUUUGCUCGCCAAGAAACAGAUGAAGCUAAAGCAAGACGACUGGCAUCAUAUGCUUACUUACAGAAAAAACAGGAGGAGGAACCUUGGCGUCCACUUCAGUUUUAUGAUAUCAAUAGUGGAGUAGCGGAGUCUGAGCGACUGAAGCUGGUUUCCUCCAAAGGUGAUGAAAUAUCCGAGUUCCAGAUCCAGGCCAAUGAGUAUCUGAGGGCAUUAGUGCCUCCCCUUGGGGAGACACAGGAAGAGAAGCCUGCGAUGCCGAGUAAUGUUUUGUCUCUGACUCAGCUAAGGACCAUGCCACUCCCUGAUCAGAUCAAGGCCCUCCUCACUAAUGCGAAAGUGAUGAGGUUCAGUCAGCUGAUGGCACUACUACCUCAGGGCACAGAAAGCAUGGGUGCCCUCCGCUCACUUCAGCAAGUGGCCGUCCUUGUCCAGGGCUGCUGGGUUGUGAAAAGUGAGGUUCUGUACCCCAAGGAGGCCACCAGUCCUCACAGUGGUGUGGCAGCCGACCAUCUGUGUCGGGGACGUGACUAUGUGAUGUGGAGAUUCACACAGUCUAGUCACGUAACCCGCAAAGACAUAGCAUCCAUUGUCAAGCUGCCAGCAGAGGAUGUAAAGGACAUCUUAGAGCAGAUGUCUAGGAUUAGGGCCAACUGUGGCUGGGAGUUUCUCUUUGCUCAUGAUUCUGACUUCUGUAACAGGUAUCCGGAAAUUGUACUCAGACAGAAGAUGUUGUGGGAUGCAAAAUAUCAGGGCCUGUGUAAUCAACUCAAAAUUCCUAAGGAACACGAAAAGAAAUUUAAAGACAGAGAUCCUGGGGUAUCUGCAGGAGAGAAGGUUGUGAGGCGACGGCGCAGCUCAUCCUCUCGUAGUAAUCGUAAACGAACACUCAGUGGUCGAUCUGUGUCUGACCACAGUGACGUGGAGAUGGAUGUUUCCCUGAAGUCAGAUAUAGACAAUAGUACAGAGGACGAGGAGGUUCCUAAGCAUGAGAGAAUGGACACACAGUCAGCUUUAAAUGGGGAGAGGUUGUCAGACGGUGCUAAGGCGACAAGCUGUGAUAUUUCCUCCGUUUCUUUGGAGUUGAGAGCAGAACUUGUUAAUUUUGUUCAAGAAAAGUUGUACAGUAGAUUUGUAUUAACUGCAAGUGAACUUAAACGUCUGUUCUCUAUAAAACAGUUACAAUGUCCAUCUGGCCACGUGUUCUUGUCAGGGGUCACAGACAGUAUUCUAGAGGAAACUGUCAAAGAAGUGGGAGGAGUGAAGUUAUCUAAUCAGUGGCCUUCCAAUACAAAAGCAGAACCUAUUUAUGCCUUACCCAAAACAGGGGACAAACUGGACAAGAUGAGGUCAAUCUUGCUGGGUCUGUUUGAAAAGUCCCAUAAAAUAUCAAGGAAAGCAUUCCUGCAAUGUGUGGAGGAUGAGACAGGUCUACAGCUCAACGAGUAUGACGCAAGAUUAUUACUCAAGGAUUACUGUGUGCAGAAGGGUCCAUUGUGGUACCUGAAGGGAACACAGGGUGAAUCCUGACAACAGCUCCCUCUAGUGCUGACUUCUAACAGUGUUGUUAAACUGCUGUAAAGCUAACUUUCCGGUAGAACUGUUUAUUAGGGUGAAGCAAUUGGACCAUGUUCAUUACAGGAGUUUAUUUACUGUUAAGGAUAUAUUAUAUCCAACAUAUCCGACACCUUGAAUAAUAGUAGAGUUAUCUCCCUUACACGCACUGUCUAAUUCAGAACUGCCUGAGGUGUUAUCAAUAAAUGCUUUGUAUCUUUAAAUGUGUUGUCAGUUGAUUUUCCAGAACCAAACAACUAUUCAUAAGGUGGUAUAUGUCCUUAAUGUGUGUUAGGAUGAAAAAAAUGAGUAAGAGUGAAUGAUAUCUUAUAAUAUUGAUCGAUGUUUGGGGAAAGAUUUGAAUCUGUUUUGUUAUUGCUACACCACAGUAAAUUAUAUAAUGAUGAUGUAUGUUAGAUUGAAAGAUUUUAUCAGUGUUGUGAUAAUUGAUACAAGGUAAUAAGGGUAUUUGAAUCGUGCUCUGAACUUUGUGAGAUGUUCUAUACUGGAAUAUAAUUCUAAUUCAUCGCCACCAGUGGAAUAAAUUAGAUAUUUUAUAGCAUUAUUUCAGGAACUUCAAGCAUAGUCACAAAUAUUUAAGUUACAGAUGUCUGCUCUAGCUACUGGUUGGAAAUGUCUUCUUUAGCAGGUAUAUUCUUUUUGGUGAUGUCUUCAGUAUCAGUAACAUGUAUCUACUGAUUGAAGAUGUCAUCUAUAGCUGAUAUACUGGUUAGAAAACACAGAUAUGGUACCUAUGUAACGUGAAUGAAAUAUUGAUAGAUUAUAUGUUAACCUAAUUGGUAUUGUAACACAUAAUGUAUAAGAUAAAAACCCUAUACCUGUUAUUUCUUUUUACUUGUGAUUUAUGCAAGAACAUGCAUUAUAUCUGAUAAUUUUUAUGAACUUGUAACAGUUGAUUAAAACAUU